AUAUACUCACGCUUUCCUUCCAUCGUUCUCAUCUGCAUACGCAAUUCUCUCUCUGAAUUUGCAGUUAAUUUUCUCUCUCUCUAGAAGUUUCGGAAAUCCUCCAUGGAAGAGGCCGCCAAAGAACAGACAUCUGCUUCUGCAGCUAGUGCUAGGCGAUCUUCUUCGAGGCUGCUUCGGUAUCCGCUGCGAUCGGCUGGAAAGAUGAAGGAGGAGAAGGCGCCUCUCGCUGAUUCCUCUAACUCAUCUGCUCCCAGGAGGGGAAAGCCUGCACCAUCUGUGAGCAAGAGUGUUGGUGUCCUCGAUCUGAAUGGCAAGGACAAACCUGCUAAGCCUCCAAGAAGGAUGUCCGUUCCCUCCAAGUCAAUUGCUAGUCCUGCUUCACGACAAGUUGGAAACAUCACUCCAAUUGCUGAGGCUAGAUCAAGAAGAUCCAUUCGUAAUGAAGGGAAAAGUGAUACCCCACUUUCGGAUGUUUCAAAGUCUUUAACCAAAAGGAAAUUCAAUGUUAUAUUUUCAGCAUCAUACUGGCUAAAUCAGAUCAAGCUUUCUGAAUCUUCUGCAAAACACUCUAUUUCCCUUGGGUUUUUCAAACUUGGCUUAGAAGCUGGAUGUGAGCCUCUUCAGCGUAUGAGGGAUGAGCUUAAAGCAUAUACACAACGUCAUAACCUCGUGGAACUUGGAGAGCCUCUGAAACAACUGUUUGAAAGCUACAACAUUUUACCAGACUUUGAGCAAUUGCAAGUGUCUGAGACUUGUUCCCAUGUGCCUGAAGAGGGUACACGAUCUUCAGAUGAUGAAAUACACAGCUCUUCAUCUGUGGCAGACUUUGAGAAAGUGGUGCCUAAACCCCCCACUAAAGAGACUGCUGCAGAAACUGGCCAAGCAAAGGAAUCAACUAGGAAUACUACAGUGAAGAGUGAUACUGCUGCAACAAAGACAAACCGGUCUGAGAAGAAAGUUGCUGCAGUCUCAGGAACUCGUGGUCGCAACACACAAAAGAAGCAACAAAAACCAAUUAAGAAUAAUAAUGAUAAGGUGAAAAGUCAGGGAAAGAAAAGUGCAAAUGAAGGGCUUAUUGAUGCUCCACCUCCAGAGAAGGUGCUAGAAGAGAACAAAGAAAACUCGGAUGCUCUCCAAACAGAAGCCCUCAGUUGCACAGAUGAGUAGAGAGGCAUUAAACCAAGAAACAGUGGAAUGUUUGCUUGAUGGUUCUGUUUCAGCCUUAGCUGAAGUCAAUAGCUUGUGGUUUGGUAUUUUUUACUUUGGCCAGACUUGUUUGCUUUGUUACUAUUAUACACCUGUGCUUUCACAGUAUACUAAAAUCUGUCGUCUUGUGAUGAAUUCCCAAAAAUUCGUCUAAUGGGUUUGUAAUUAUAUAUUAUAUUUGGCUAAAUGAAUGAUUAUUCAUAUGAGAAUUGGAUGCAAAUCA